CCUCUGCCUCUGCCUCCCGAGUGCUGGGAUUAAAAGCGUGCGCCACCAUAAAAUACAUUUUAUGGAUGUCUCUACUUCUUAGGGUGUUAGUGUUACGUUAGUGUAAAUACAAAGAGUCAAAAGAUGUUUUCCAGAACAUAAAUUAAUGUUGUUUAGAUAUGCAAAGUGUGAUUACAUUACGUGACUGUAUAGCCAUAAAAAGGGGUAGUGAUGCUGGUAUAAUCUCAGAAUUCAGAUCCCUGGGGCAGGUGUAUUCCCUUUCAUUUGAAGCCAGACUACUCUACAUUAAAGUGUCAUUCCACACCAUGGGCGUCAGUGUCCUCUGGCUUUGCAUGAACACUGCACAUGUCUUGAGGUGACUUCUCCUUCACAUUGUAUGCAAGUGUAUCUGUAUUUUCUUAUGUUGAUUGCUAUAUUGUCAGAGAGCUAAAUGCUAGCAGGAUCUGGAUAUUGUCAUUUUUAUGUUCCAUCACCAGCCUUACUUUUGUAAAUACUUGUCUUCCCAAGCCUGCUCAGAUACUUGAAGGUCAGGUCAUUCUCUAUGCCUAGAGGCAAUCUAAAGAUGAACUUCUCUGCCUAGAGACAAUCCACAGAAGUUCUGGUGAUGUCUCACACCUGGGAGAUUGUAAGAAAAACGUGACAUCCAAUCCCUGGGACACGAAUUGGAGGGUGGAACUCCUCAGCAGAGAGGGAUGCAGGCAGGGGAAAGUGGGUGGAAGAGAUGUCAUAGGGGACAAAGAAGAGGACAGAUAGGUGGGGACAGGAGCAGAGAGGUAAAGAGCUAGCCACAUGGUAGGUCAUAGGCUUGAAUAGUCUUGUCUUUAGCAAUGAGGACUUCUGUCAGUUUGUGGAGACCAACCCCUUUUUCAUGGGCCUGAAUUGUUUGGGUAUUUUUAUAAAGUCCCUUUGGCCCACAGUUCCGUUGGAUGUAACCCAGGGCCUGUACGUAAAGGUUCUUUUCUGUACAAGACAGGAUCAUCUGGAACUCCAGCUGCUUCACCACUCAGAAUUCAUUAGAAUCACAUUAAUAUACUUAGAAGAUAGCACUUCCCAUUCCCCUGGCUGGCAGCGCCGAGGCCACACGAUUUCUGGAGUUACUGUAAAAGACUUUAACCAGCAGGAGUUCGUCAGAGCUCUGGCAGCCUUCCUCAAAAAGUCCAGGAAGCUGAAAGUCCCCGAAUGGGUGGACACAGUCAAGCUGGCCAAACAUAAAGAGCUUGCCCCAUAUGAUAUGAACUGGUUCUACACACAAGCUGCUUCCACAGCACGGCACCUGUACCUCCGAGGUGGUGCGGGGGUUGGUUCCAUAACCAAGAUCUAUGGAGGACGGCAGAGAAACGGUGUCAGACCCAGCCACUUCAGCAGAGGCUCUAAGAGUGUGACCCGCCGGGUCCUCCAAGCCCUGGAGGGGCUGAAAAUGGUGGAAAAGGACCAAGAUGGGGGCCGCAAGCUAACACCUCAGGGACAGAGAGAUCUGGACAGGAUCUCUGGACAGGUGGCAGCUGCCAACCAAGAAGCAUUAGAACAAAGGAUGCUGGGUUAAUAAAUUGCCUCAUUCAUAAAAAAAAAAA